GGUUGGGUGGUUGGUCGGCUAAGCAGGGGGAAGGACAGUGUUGCUCUCUCUGCCAGAGCAGUGCACCACCAGGGUUCCUAGAGGAGGAACACAUCUGAGCCGGGGCCGAUGCAGAACGGGGAGGUUAUGAGCCCGCAGGACUCCAAAGCAGCAGGGGCUGAGGCCAUGGAGGAAGAGAAGGCCCAGAACCAAAAUCAAGGGUGUGCGGAGCCCACAGCGCCUCCGCUUCCUCCUCCUUCACCACCACCACCAGGGCCACCAGAAUACCCAAGACCCAGGCUAAUUUUUCACACCCAGCUGGCUCAUGGAAGUCCCACAGGCCGCAUCCAUGGAUUCACCAACGUCAAGGAGCUGUAUGCCAAGAUUGCCGAAGUGUUCAAUAUCUCUCCCUCAGAGAUCCUUUUCUGCACCCUUAACUCCCAUAAAGUGGACAUGCAGAAGCUACUGGGGGGACAGAUCGGACUGGAAGACUUUAUCUUCGCCCACGUCAGAGGGGAGACCAAGGAGGUGGAGGUGACAAAGACAGAGGACGCCUUAGGCCUCACCAUCACAGACAAUGGAGCUGGAUAUGCUUUCAUUAAGAGAAUAAAGGAAGGCAGCACCAUAGACCGACUGAAGUCGGUAUGUGUUGGUGACCACAUCGAGGCCAUCAAUGACCAGAGCAUUGUCGGGUGUCGGCACUACGAGGUUGCCAAGAUGCUAAAAGAGCAACCGAGAGGCAUACCCUUCACUCUCCGUCUGGUUGGCCCCAAGAAAGCCUUUGAUAUGAUCGGAAUGAGGACCAGAGCGCCAAAAUCCAAUGAGGGCAAGAUGGUGAACGGGAGGGAGACUCUGCGUCUUCGCUCCAAGGGUGCUGCGACAGUUCAGGAAGUGCAGAAUGAGUUUGAGGAACAGGCCACCAAGAAAGUGGACGACCUGCUAGAGAGCUACAUGGGCAUCAGGGAUUUAGAGCUAGCAACCACCAUUGUGGAAGCGGGCAAAGACAAAAAGAACCCUGAUGACUUUGCAGAAGCCUUGGACUCGGUUCUGGGAGAUUUUGCUUUUCCUGAUGUGUUUUUGUUUGAUGUCUGGGGAGCUAUUGGAGACGUCAAGAAUGGCAGAAUCUAGGUAAUUACUGUAAACCAAAGACAGAGAGAGAGCGAGAGCUCUGUGCCCUGGUACAUCCAGCUGAAAAAUACAAACAGCGUAGAAGCAUUUAAAGUUGCCUUCUCAGUCCUUGCAUACAUUUUCAAUCACUUACUUUUAAACCAUGACAGGGACUGCAAUUAAUUCAACCAUUUCCUUUUGAACAGUCUGUGUCUGUAGGCACAUCAUCAUGUUUUACUGAGAUUUUGAUAAAUCUUUACAUUAUUAUGGUAAAUAAACAUAACAUAGAAAAUUGCAGUGCAGUUUUGAAAUAAGUUGCUUGCUAUGAAAUCAAAUGCUGAAAUUAAUGUUUAUUAUGCAGGCCUUUAGCUGGUGAUCUUGCUCAGAGUGAAAAUUGUGAUGGUAAAAUAAGAUUGUUUACCAAAAUACAGUCUUAUUCCCAUACAUAACAAAUAUUUCCACUUCCAUAAUAUUAUCAUAAUUGGUAUUUACUUUAAAAAAAAGUUUAUGAAAUUUUGAAUGGCUCAUUCUCGAUACUUGUAGCCCCUCAUGUAAAAGAUAUGUAAAUAAUCUAUCAGGAAACAGUGCAAAAGUACAAACCACUGAACAAUCAGUCAGUCAUCUUAGAAUCCAGGAAGUUAGAUAAGCUGCAAUUAACCUUUUUCCUCAGAUGAAAAGCUACCGAGAAAAACAGAAGAACAUAGCCACAUUUCUGGUCCAUCUGAAAGUCAGAAUGUAUCACUUCUCUGCUAAUAAUACUGGUAUUCAUGCCAGCAAUCUGCAUGUAUGAUAUAUUUUAUGACAUAUAAAGAAUCAUUAAGUUUAAAAAUGAUAUAAACAUUUUUGCAAGCAGGUUUUUUUUUUAAUUGGCUAAGUUUUUUUUUUUCAAUUUAAGGAAACUGGCCCAAAGUUAUUCAAACAUUUCAAUUUAAAUACUCUCAAAUAUUAAUAAUAAUCUGAAGCCAUUAACCAGGUCUUUUCUCUGAAAAUGGAAUCAUCACAGAAUGAAAGUAAAUGGGACAAUCUCCAGUUGAAAGGUAAUUACAAACAGGAACCCAACCCAUAAUUUCCCAUGAUAAAAAUAGAAAAUAAAGCUAGCUUGCAUGCAUAUAAACCAUUCCCUUUGAGUUUCUUACCUUGAUUUUGCCUAAAACAAAUGAAGGUCUUCAUAUUGACAUAUUCUCAGUUGCUUCCCACUUCUGCCACGUGUUAGAAAACUUUGCUGGUUUGUUUCAAAGACAGAAUGUAAAUAUAAUAGUCGUAGUUGUUAUACUUCACUAUCAUUGUUCUUAAUUCUGAUGUGCUGCUCUCAUUUUCUGUCCCUGCAUUGGGGCUAUUUACUGCAAAAAGAGGGAAGCAUUAAACUAUUAUACAUGUUGGGGUUUGACAGUUAAACGUUUUCUGGCUCACCAAACAAUGUAAACAAGGUAUGAAAUCAUAUUCUUUGACAUAUCUGUGUUUACAUGCAAGCAAGUCAACAAUGAACUGCCAAAUUUCAAAAUGUGUCUCGAUUUCACUCAUUCUGGCAAGAUUGUUCUCAGCUACAUCAGUAUUUAUCUGAAAGUGAUGUUUUGUUUUGACACUUUGUAUAUGAUUGCAC